AUGGACGAGUCGUGGAGAAUGCGAAUGGGACUUACGCCGGGGCUCCCUCGCCGCCGAUCCAUGGAGGAUCGCUCCGCCUCCCACGCGCGCCGCUCCAUCUUCUUCGCCGCCGCUGCCGCCGAGCCGGAAACCCUCGACCCCGAUGACUUCGCCGACGUCUUCGGAGGCCCGCCGAGGAGCCUCCUCGCGCACAAAUUCUCGAGGUCUAAUUCCUUCUACGAGGAGAUAUUCCAGCCGCCGGAGUUCUCGUCUCCGGCAAAGGCGAAGGGUGGCCGGAGCUUGCCGGUGUUCCGGAUUCCGGCGAAGAACGAGGCGUUUUACAGCGACAUAUUCGGGUCGGACGAUGACCGGCGGUCGCGGGAGCGGUCAGGGCCGCAGUCGAAGGCAAAAUCAAAGUCGAAUUCGUCGUCGGCGCUGAGUUCCGAGGAGCUGAGCCCUCUCCGGCCGGCAAUCGGUGAUGACGUGGCAUUAUCCGCCUUCGCUUCUAAGCUCAGGCCAAUCAAUGUCCCAUGCAGAUGGAACUCAACCACUAUGAUGCCUGGGGAAUAUCCAAUUAAACAAGGGGGGCCAGUUUUUCCAUUCAAUAAUCAGUCAUUUGAGAUUCAUUGUCAGGAUAAUGAGUACAAGGAGAGCUUCAAGAGUCCUCAUUUGGGAUUCUCAAAAAGAGUCUCCUCCCCAGAGACAAUUAGUCUCGAAUCCAAUUCAUAUCAAAGCAUGAAGGUAUCCGCUGAUGACUGGGAACUCAGUUCCCCGUUUUCUGCUGUCUCUGGGCUUUGUCAAGAACCUGAGGCAAAAUCUUCAGUUCAGGAUUAUAUGCUUCCAGAAUUGGUUAUAGAACAGGAUGAUGAUGAAGUUAUGAGCUCCUAUGUCAUAGAGGUCAACUCCAACCUCAGAGAGGAAAGUUGUGGAACAGCAGACAUUGAUGAAGCAAUAGCAUGGGCCAAGGAGAAGUUCCAAUCACGAAAUUCUGAUGCAGAAUCAAGCCUGAGAAAUGAAGGCAAUGAACAAACUACAGGGGUGGAAGGAAGGUCUGAUGCAGGCGAAUGCCACAGUGAUGAAGCGGGAAACGUUAAAUCUUCUAAGGUACAGACAGAAACAGAGAAGUUGGACAGAGACAUACGAUUGUGGUCAUCGGGCAAGGAAACUGACAUCCGGCUACUACUUUCAACACUACAUCAUAUUUUAUGGCCUGAGAGUGGCUGGUAUGCUGUUCCUCUUCCGAACCUAAUAGAAAGUUCACAAGUUAAGAAGGCUUAUCAGAAAGCAAGAUUAUGCCUCCACCCUGACAAACUGCAGCAAAGAGGAGCAACACUCCUACAAAAGUAUAUAGCAGAGAAGGCUUUCUCCAUUCUUCAGGAUGCAUGGACUGCAUUCAUUUCUGAAGACGUUUCCUUCUAA